AGGAUUUAGAUAUUAUAGUAAAGAACUUGAGAACCUUUAGCUGCCUAAAUUCUCUGAAGGAACCAGCCUUGAAAUCUUUGGCCUGUAACUCUCGAUACGAAAGCUAUGAUGGAAACGAAGUACUAUUUUAUGAGGGAGAGUUGAGCACUUGCUGGUAUAUCUUAUUAUCCGGCUUGGUUAUAAUUGAAAAGGAAUUAUACUUCCCACGUAAUUGCUUCGGUAAGAGGACAGCCGAAUGUAGAAGAAGAAUGAAUCAAUGUCUAGUAUUGGAUAGUUCGGAUAUGAUAGUCAUUGACUACCCGGAUGUACAGAUUGAAGAGGCGUCGAACCGACGGUCGAUGAUAGAGAAAUGCUUCGGCGACGAUUGCGAUGUACGGUUGACCAGAUACCGAAUUCAUUCAACGGACGGAUUAAUCGAUCAUCUACGACCAGACGAAUUAACAAUGGUACACGGAAAUGAUUAUAAUAAGGAUGGCGAACAUCGCUUACAAGCUGCUAGAACUGCUGCUUGUAAGCGGAAUUCUCAUGCUUCCGAUACUUCUAGCGCCUAUAGCGGUUCGGAUAUGAUGCAGAGUAGUGUAAGCGGUGAAGUUGCUGAUUUAUCCGGAUUGACGGAAACUCUUGUAGACUCUGAUGACGAGGAAGGUUACGUUGAAAGUUCCGACGGGUCAACUGUUAGGGAUAAUGUACAAGAAAUAUUUGAAAAAUCUAAAAAUGAAAGGACUGACGAUGAUAUCGAAACAUUGUUAGAAAAUUUUAAACAUUUACCGGCUUUUGCCAAUAUGACAAUGGCUAUUAGAAGAGAAAUGUGUAGAGUAAUGGCUCUUGCAGUUGUAGACAAAGCCAAUAUGACCGUUCUAGAAGAUGGAGAAAUACUGGAUUCUUGGUCCGUAAUACUGAAUGGACACGUCGAAGUGAUAAAACCCGAUAAAACCGUCCUUACUUAUAACAUGGGUGAAUCCUUUGGAAUAUCUGCUUCGAAAGAAAUUCAAAAGCAUGUUGGAGUUAUGCGAACUAAAGUUGACAAUUGUCAAUUUAUUUGCAUCGAUCAAGAGAAUUAUUAUCGUAUUUUAACUCAGGGGGAAGAGAACACGAUACGGCACGAAGAGAAUAAUAAAGUAGUUCUCGUUACUGAACAACAGGUUGCCGGUGGAUCGAAAAAAGACUUCACCGUAAUAAGGGGCACAAAAGAUAAACUCUUGGAUCACUUGUUGGAAAUUUCAAAUACCGAUCCAUCAUACGUGGAAGACUUUUUACUAACUUACCGAACGUUCUUGUCAUCUCCAUAUGAACUAACUUCAAAGCUAUUAGCGUGGUUUGACGAUAAGAGACUGCGGGAUAGGGUAACUAGAAUUGUUCUGUUAUGGGUAAAUAAUCACUACAACGACUUUGAAAGUGAAUCGGGUAUGAGUGAAUUUUUAGAAAAAUUUGAAAAUCUCUUAACUCAAGAGAGAAUGGAAGGCCAAUUAAGAUUGUUGAAUAUUGCGUGCGCAGCUAAGGCUAGGCCUAGGAAUGUUGUGGUAAGACGAUCGGAUCGUAAUCAAGUCCUACAAUUUCACAUACUCGGAGGUCAAGAAAGGGGGGCCCCAAUUUUUAUUACAAAUGUGCAGAAAAAUACGAAAGCUCACGAGGCAGGUUUAAAGAGGGGUGAUCAAAUUUUACAAGUCAACAACCAAAGUUUCGAUAAGAUAACCCAUAAAAAAGCUCUAGAAAUUCUGAGAGGGUCCACUCACUUAUCAAUGGUCGUCAAAUCAAAUCUAAUGGCAUUUACUGAUCUCCUGCAAGAAUCAACGCAUGUCAAUUUGGAAGGUCUCUCUAUAGAAUCUCAUGAAACGAAUAGAAAUGAAACACGACCUCAGAGGUUGUCUGCACCAGAUUUGCAGGCGUUAGGCGUCAAGUCUGUACUAAAAUCAAAUUCCACUGACAAAGAAAAAAAGAGUUUUAUAAGCGGUAGCAAGGCAAUGAAAAUUCGGAAGGCACUAAUGAAAUUAUACUGGAGACCAAAAGCUGUCACAGACAAGCCUGAGGGGAGAACUUUGAAAAGGAGUCUGAGUUCUUCUGGCAGUAUACAAUUGUCGACAUCGAAUCCAGAUUUAAGUGCUUUUGACGAUUCAGAAUUUAGAGCUUUUCCUGAUUACGUUAUUAAAGUCUAUAGAUCUGAUCAAACCUUUAAAUAUUUACCAAUACAAAAGGAAACGACGGCUCAGCAGGUUGUUAUGUUGGCAUUGAAACAAUUCGGAAUGACUGAGCCGAGCACAAAGUUUUCUUUAUGCAUCGUAACAAUUGAAACAGAAGACGUUGUAAAACAGAAACGUUUGCCUGACCAGUUGGAUAAUUUAGCAGAGAGGAGCAGCCUUAACGGAAGGUACUACUUAAAGGAAAAUACAGAAACGGAGCCAUUAAUUCCAGAUGAACAAAAAGGGGAAUUGUUAAAAGAAGGUUUAACCAGUCUCCUCCAAUUGCAUCCGGCUGAAAUAGCAGCUCAGUUAACCUUAAAUGAUUUCCGACUUUUCAAUAGUAUUCACCCAACUGAAUACAUAGAUGAUUUAUUUGACAAAGGUAGCGUUUUUGGAACACCAAAUUUGAUGGACUUUGUAAAGUUAGUGAAUAAGGAAACCCUUUGGGUGGUAACUGAAAUCCUAAAAGAAACGAAUCUUGUGCGUCGGGUAAAAUUCAUAAAACAUUUCAUAAAGAUUGCACGCCAUUGUAGGGAAUUGAAAAAUUUCAAUUCUGUAUUCGCCAUUGUUAGUGGAUUAGACCACACACUGCUAUCGAAGUUGAACGCAACUUGGGAAAAAGUUAGCAGAAAGUACACAAACCUGUUGGAAGAUCUAAGACAAUUGUUCAUGCCGUUACGUAAUUUCUCGAAUUAUAGACGGCUGGUCAAUAGCGAGCGAAUAGAACCACCCAUGAUACCUUUCUUUCCGUUAUUUAAAAAGGAUUUGUCUUUCAUUCACCUCGGUAAUGAUGACUUUGUCGAGGGUUUGAUCAACUUUGAAAAAUUAAGAAUGCUAGCAAGAGAGAUUCGGCACAUAUCAAACAUGGCAACCAUUCAAAAUCCUAUGCACACUUUGUUUAUGCACGGAUUACCAACGACAGGAGCGCACGCUGAAAGGGUAUUCAGCGCCUUUGGAUCUCGAUCGCUAUCGGCUCCAUCGAAUGCCGCUUUAGCCGUAGCGACAAUAAGAAGGAAAAGAAAAGCCUCAACUGCACCUAACCUAAAAAAAAUAUAUGAAGAGGGGCAAAUGGUUAGAAAAGUUAGAGACUAUUUAGAGAAGUUAAAGGUUAUUGAGGACGAUGAAGAACUAAAGGAAUUGGCCCAGCAGUGCGAUUCAAAGGAAGGCUCUCUACGAGGAUUAAAGAGAGAGUCAUCACCAUCCAUCCAAUCCAGAUCAACCAGAAAUUCAGCUACAAGUUUAGCUCCGAAUGCCUUUGCUGAUAGACUAGGUCCUGCUGAAGUGGUAAGAAAACGUAGUUGGACUUUUGGUGAUAAUAUUUUAAAGUCGGAUGCAAGAGGAGUAACGAGUUUGGAUAGCAUGAAUAAGCUGAUCGGUCUGAGAUCUAAGACUAAACCUCACAAUAAUAAGCACGACCCUCUUCCAACAAGCACUGUUUCCCCUAUUGUUCCUCGAAAGUCGAAGAGUCCGCCUUCACCUACUACACCUCCACCCCCCAAGCUAACUUUGACGAUGGAGAGCUCAAGCGUUAGCUCAACAGCUAACUCCCCAUCUAAACAACCUCCACCUGUUCCACCGAGACGUUAUAGAGAACGCAAUUCAGAAUCCUGCAGCAGUGUUAACAGCGAAAAGAAAGCCGGUGAUCGUUCCCACCAAGCUCACGGUAAUUAUCGUAUAAUAGUUUACUAGACGUAGAUAUGUGGAAAGGGUAGUCGCUUUCAUAUUCGUUUACCUCUUGUUCGUUUUCUAAUCGAUAAAAAAAAGCGGAAGAGAAAGGAAUAUAAAACAGAAAAUUUAGAAAAGCAUAUAUAUAUAUAUAUAUAUAUAUAUAUAAAACACGGAAGGGACAUAUUUAGAAGCUUUGUUAACGUAUACAGCAUCGAAUAUUCGCCAGACUAAUGAAUCUAGACCACGUCUUCCUUCUUACAACGACGCCGUUAGGCGUUUGGAAACCUGUUUUAGACAAACAGGUAAUAGAACGGAGUAUUUUGUUGCUUUCCUUUUUUGCGAACUCCUCCAAAACUUUCAUAUAUUUUAUUUUUGUUUUAUUUUUUCCGUAUUUAACUCGCUUGAUGUGCAGAUUUUCUACGGCCUCGUGCUGUUUUACCUUAGAGAGUGUGCUUGUUUUUUUUUAAAAAGGCCUUACAGAAAAAGCGCUUGUCAAUUUUUUUUUUAAUUCAGCCGUAAGCGUACAAAACACUUUCGUUUUUUAUGUUAAUAUUUUUUUUCUUACCUUAUAAUUUUAUUAUUUUUUAAUUAAAUGGAAUUUUUUAAAACAAAAUAUUAUCUAUACAUCUAGCAAGCAGACCUGCAUUACCUUGCUACGAAGAGGCUUUGCAACACAAGAAAUUCUUAGGCCAAUGUGGUCGAUCGGCUAGUCAGGAUAUGCCAAAAGCAACCCUUAUGGUACCAAACACUAGACCUAGGGCUUCAUCAGCUACACCUCCAAUGCCGAAAACCGAAGAGCCGAAAUUUUCUUCUCUAAUUAGUGACGAAGAAGAGAAAGUUUCGGCCGUUUGAAUUGGUUGAACAAAGAGAAAUGUAUAUCUAUCUUUAGACAUAUAUAUAUAUAUAUAUAUAUAUAUAUGUGUGUGUGUGCAAUAAACAAAUUUUGGAUGAUUAGGUGCUUACCAUCCACUUGUUUAAAGGUGCUGUAUAGAAAUGAAAAAAAAAUUGGAAGAGACUGAAAAUGAAAAGGAAUUUCUUUGGUUUUUUUGUUUUCUGUUUUUUUUUUAAUUAUAUGUAUUUAUAUAUCAAAAACCCUCAUCUUUUCUUCUAUCGUGAUGAAUACCUUUCUGAUUUGUUACCUGUCAUUUACUUCUUAUUUUUUUCUUGCCUGCAAUCCCAUCUUUUUUUUUUUUUUAUAAAGAAAACAAACAAAAUUGUGGCGAAUACUUUUAACAGGAAUAUCUGAUAUUUCCUUUUUAUUUUUUUGAAGAAUUCAAGUGUUUCUUCUUUUUUUUCUAAUCAAAUAAAAAUCCUCAAAUUUAUUGUUGUUAUAAAAGAGAAAUUGGUAAAUAAAGAGUAACCUAUAUAAUGGACCAAAAAGAUAAAAGUGAUAAAAAAAGUAGAAAUGUUACACAAAUGAUAAUGAAUGGUCUCUCUGUUUUUUUUCUUGAUUAUCUCUUUUAAUUGAAUACGAAAUAAGAUUUUGAAUAGUAAAAUAUUCGUAUAAACUGUAUGAUAUGUAUAUACAUUUGUAUACCAAUAUAUGGAU